AUGGCGGGUCGCACCCUAGCUGUGAGCAGUGGGCCCCCACGGCGCGCCGUGUCUGGAACUGAGGUGCCUGGAUUCUGGCCCAAAUGGUAUUUUACCAGUAGUGGGGUAGCCCAUCACAGCAUCCCGUCCGCGCCCUUUCCUCCGCCCACUUUACAGUCUACGCUGGCGGCGCACCUGCCCCUUGCCGCGCAGCACGAUCCGCACAUCUGGGCUUUUGACGAAGUCAUCAGCAGGUGGGAGACCACCACGGGUUCGACGCACGUGUGUAAGUCGCACAGUGGGCCCUACGCGCAACCCAAGGCGGCAGUGCCUGCGGACCCUAGGCGGUCAAUGGGGAUCAAGACAUUGGUGGAGAAGAUAAGACGUCAGGGUUGGCGCUCCCCCCUUAUCACAAAGUACCACAUCAGCGAGAUGAAGGAACAGUACACCGGAUCGCCGGGCCUGGACCAGAUCAGCCCUCUCUUCGUGGAGCCCCUGCCCCUGGAGCUCAAGGACCACCUCCACGGGGGCCCUUCUCAGGCCCUAAUCCCAUGGACAAGGAACCUGGAGCUGUCUGGCCGGCCCUUCACAGUAUACGAUAGGGGCGUCCUGGAUCACCUCCAGCUUUAUCUGACUACCUCGUCCCGCGACUUCCGCUUCUACCCGAAGAAGGAGCUGUCCGGGUACUGGAGCCAGGACUCGCCGCCCUACUGGAGGUCGAGGGCUAAGGCUCAGGGCUGCAGUCACCAAGGGCAGCGAACUGCAGCACCUCCGGGGACCCGCCUGCCCCGCGCGUGCCCGGUGCCGCACCGAGGGUCGCUGACCCUGGCUCAGGAGUCCUACGGGACCCCACUCAGCCUGCCGGACCGCGGCUGCCCACCGGAGGAGCCCUGGAGCGGCCCGCACUGGAAGCCCUUGCCUGGCAUUCACAGUGUGCCCAAGGCAUAUCGCACCCAGAACUCGCGCUAUGGGAGCGGACAGGCGGAGCUGCUCUGA